AUGCCCGCUACGACUUUCUCACCCAGCACCGGCCAGAUGGCUUCCAACGGGGCCGCGCCCCUCGAUCCCCUAGACGCAGCGGACUACGACCCGAUCGAUCACUUGAACGACAUCUUUUCGCACCCCUCUACCCUCUCCUCCGUCUCCGAUGUGUCCCACCGGCUGCGUGACUACGAAACCGAGCUAGACACCGAAAUCGGCGCGCUGGUAGAAGACCAGGUCACAUCCAACGCGGAAAGCGUCGAGCGCAUUCAAGCCGCCAAAGCAGAUCUGUCCGAGCUGUUCAAGAAGAUCGACGAUGUGCGCGACCGCGCGUCCAGGACGGAGCUCUCCAUCACGGAGAUGACGGCGGAUAUAAAGCAGUUGGACAAUGCGAAGAAGAACCUGACGCAGUCUAUGACCGCACUUAAACGGCUUCAGAUGUUGACGACGGCGUACGACCAGCUACGUGUCCUCAGCCGGACGCGGCAGUACCGCGACUGCUCGCAGCUACUUCAGGCCGUGAUCCAGCUCGUCGCGCACUUCAAAUCAUACCGGUCGAUCGACCAGGUCGCUCUCCUGAGUCGGAAUGUGGCGGAUAUACAACGGGAUUUGCUGGAGCAGAUAUGCGAGGACUUUGAGCUGGCGUUCGCCAAGGGCGAGGUCGGCGCGAGGAACACGGCGCUCGCGGAGGCAUGCUCUGUCAUGGAUGCGCUGGGGGAGCAUGCGAGGUCUAGGCUGAUGACGUGGUACUGCAAUUUCCAGCUGCGCGAGUACCGGCAGGUCUUCCGGAAUAACGAGGAAGCGGGCUCUUUGGAUAAUAUCUCGCGAAGGUACUCAUGGUUUCGCCGGAUCCUGCGAAUCUACGAUGAGGAGUACGCUCCCAUCUUCCCUGCGUCGUGGAGAGUCGAUGAGAUACUGGCGAAUGCGUUUUGCGAGGGAACUAGAGAUGACUUUAAGGGGAUUCUGUCUCGGUCCGUGCGAAAUGGCCAGACAAUUGAUGUCAACCUGUUGCUCUCAUGUCUACAGGAGACGCUGGACUUUGAGCAUUCCCUUGAGAGACGGUUCACGAUUGAUUCUCGGCCAUCCACUGAUACAUUUGCAUCGGCGGAGACCCCAGUCUUCGGACAGGCUAUCUCCGAGGCCUUCGAACCGUACCUCAGCGUAUGGGUAAAUGCCCAGGACAAGCAACUGGCCGGCUUGAUACCCAAGUAUCGUCAGCAGCCUGUCAAACCGCCUGGGGAGGAAUUUGACUCGAACAUUGUCAUUUCUUCUUCUAUGGAACUCUUUACCUUCUACAGGCAUGCUCUUCAGCAGUGUGCAAAGCUCUCCACGGGCGCAAGUCUCGCAGACCUGUCAAAAGUGUUCGCAAAAUAUCUCGACCAGUACGCUCAGCAGGUGUUGCUGUACUACAUCAGCGAUCAACCUACCGUUCACAGUCCCCUAGGAACGCCGACAUCCGAGGACUACAUUGCCGUGCUGAACACAGCGGACUACUGUUAUACAACAUGUAAUCAGUUGGAAGAGAAGAUCAAGGGCCGCCUUGACAAGAACCUGAAGCAGAGUGUAGACUUGCAAAGUCAAGCAGACUCUUUCAUGGGUAUAGCGUCUGCUGCCGUGCGAGGUCUUGUGCGCAAGGUCGAGACCGAGCUGGAGCCUUGCUGGCGAGAAAUGCGCAACACACCCUGGAACCGGCUGGAGGGAGUGAGCGACCAAAGCUCCUAUGUCGGGGAGGUCCUGUCGAAAACCAACUCAAAAGCGUCGGAAAUACUGCAAUUGAUUCACAAACAGCAGUACGCCAGAGCCUUCGCAGACCACAUAGUUGAGCUGGUAUCGAAUAUUUUCCUCCAGAACAUCUUCCAGUGCAAGCCUGUUUCGGAGACGGGCGCAGAGCAGAUGCUUCUAGACACAUACACCCUCAAAACAGGCCUAUCCUCACUCCUCCCCGCUCCUCCCCCGGCCGGCUUCGUCAAGCGCGUAAACAACAGCUUCGCAAAGAUCGAAACACUGCUCAAAACCCUCCAAGUCCAACCCUCACCCCCCGAAGCCCUCGUCCAAGCAUACCUAAUCCACAUCGCGGACCGAAACAACAACAACUUCCGCAAAAUCCUCGACCUCAAGGGCAUCCGCAGCCGCCAGGAGCAGAACCACCUCGUCGAACUCUUCCAGAUCCACCGCACCUCCGACCGAUACGCGUCAAACAUCCAGGAAACAAACCCCGUCCUGGCCGCGCUUCAAACAACCUCCGCUUCCUCCUCGGCCUCCGUCUCCCAGGGCCUCGGCCUCGGCACCCUCGGCACCCUCGGCACCACUGCCGCGGCGUCGACGAGCCGCUUUGAUGCUUCGCUGCUAGGCUCCGCACUUAUCUCCGCUGCGAAGGACGGUGUUGAUAGGCUGGGUACACCGAUGGGCUCGUCUACACCUGUUAACCCACCUGCGGCUGGAGCGGGUACCUCGUUGUCCGCUUCGGGCACGCCCGUAACACCUGGCCCCUCUGGACCAAAUCAGCAGGCCGGUGACAUGGGUUCUAAUCUGAAUGAGAACCUCAAAAACCUCGGCAAGUUCUUUCGUAGGGAUUUGGGGUUUGGGGGUAGGUUUGGCAGGGGUGGCGAUGAUGGGUGA